GGCAGCCUGAACCUUAAUCUUAUGGCCAGCAAGAUGACCGUGUCGUGUUUGGUCUCCUCCAAUGGAGCCAUAUAAAGUGUAUUGAGCCGCGGCGUUCUUCAACGACUCUUUUUGCAGUGCCACCUCUCCAACAUAUCUUCACUUCUUUUACCCAGUCUUGAUCAACAUCUCCCUCCUGACCAACACUUCCUAGACCAACAACGCCAUGGCCACGAGGGAGCUACUCAUCGUUAUUCUAAACCAUACCAACGAGGAGCUCAACACAGAGCCUGAAUGGCCAACUCUCAAUCACGGCCAAUGGAACAAGACGCCAGACUUACAGCCGCCGCAGACAAUACUAGCAGGGGAGAGCGGCAUGCUACGCUGCAAGUCGAGUCAUAUAGGCGGAGGCCUUGAUGGUUCGAUCACAUACCGCAUCGUCGGAUUCGAGGGGAGGAACGAAGUUGCGUUUAUGUGGAGUGUCCCGUAUGUUGGGGCAAAUAAAUUUGAUGCCUCAUGUGCUGUAUCUGACUUUGGAGUCGAGAUCUUAGGCGGGCGGGGUAGGGAGGCUGUCGUUGUCUUUGUUUUUGCCCCGAGUGAUGGUGUGCGGGCAGCUGUUACCAAGUAUCCUGUCGAGUGUGCCAAGAGUCUUGUAGGUGGCUUCAACCACAAAUGA